AUGGCAAAGACCUCCUACGUUGCAAGGGAGUUAUUAUACACAAUUCGAGACAGCGAAUGUGAAUACAUUCUUACAGACAAAAAUACAGCUCCAAAUCUUCUCAAAAUUACCAUGCCGUCAACCAUUAAGGAACCGAAUGGUCGCUUUUUGACUUCGCAGAAGCUGUUUUCUGUUGGAAGAGCACCCGGUUUCAUUGACGUCCUCGAAUUCCAAGACCACUCGGAGGCUAGUCUCGAGCCCCAAGUGCCUGCUGACACAACGGAGGAGGUCGUCGUGAUGCUGUACACGUCAGGAACCACGGGUCUCCCAAAAGCCGUGCAAAUGUCCCAUAAAGCUUACGUCUCCUGCUACCGUGCACUAAUGGCUUCAGGGGUUUUCGCUGAAGAUGACAUCAUGCUUGCUUGGAAUCCCUUCACUCACGUCUCCGGGUUUGUGAUCGACAGCAUCUGCCUGUGCCUGGGAGUAAGGGUGAUAAUUACGGAGCAUUCCAUAUCGUGCAAAGAUUUCUUGGAGAGCCUCUCUACACAUCAAAUAUCCGUGAUUUUCGCCACUUCUGAAAUGCUACGAGGGAUUGUGAACGAAGCGAGAACGAACAACUAUCCAGCAGUGAGCCUGAAGAAAAUCAUAGUCGGAGGGACGAUGACCGGCGAAUCGCUAGGAACAGAGAUAUGCGAGUUCUUUGGUGUGAACUCGUUCGUAAACUUCUACGGCUUGACUGAAACCUUUGCUCUUAUAAGCUGCACUCCUGCCGGAAAAAUCCUCAUGGAUAACGUCGGCGUUCCUUGUGCUGGCACCAAAGUCCAAAUCCUCGACCUCUUCAACGGAGAUCCUCUCGGCCCCUAUCAAAAAGGCGAGCUUGUGGUUCAGAGCAAAACUCUUAUGAAGGGCUACUACGGUCGUCCGGAAGCUACUCAAGAAGUCCUGAGCAGUGAUGGCUGGCUUCGCACGGGGGAUCUUGGGUACUAUGACAGUAAUGGACAGAUCUACUUCGUAGAUCGGCUCAAGCAGAUGAUAAAAUGUAUGGGGAAUAUCGUAACUCCAGCCGAGUUGGAAGAAAUCUUGACCUCGCACGAGGCGGUUCUCGAAGCCGCUGUGGUCGGCAUACUCAGUUCGAAGUACGGGGAGGCUCCCGUCGCUUGUGUCGUUGUCAAGGGAUCCCAGGAAGAAGGCCUAGAAAGUCUGGAACAAGAACUGAAAGAACUCGUAGCAGGUCAAACAUCGACCCACAAGCACCUGUACGGCGGCGUGGUCUUUAUGAAUUCUCUACCAAAAUCUGAAAGCGGAAAAAUUCUGAGGCAGGAGCUGAAGUCAAGGAUAUUGUCCGGGAAUGACUAG